UGAGCCGUGCGGUUUGGACGUGGCUGCGCGGGGCUCUGGCGGAGCGCAAGGGCCCCGGGAUCCCGAACGCGUGACCAUGGCAACAGAACGUUGUGCUGUCCGUCUCCUUGGCGACGGCCGGGCGGGGGCUGGUGCCGCUCCCGGGGCCGGCCCUGCUUUGCCCUUCCAGGCGCUGGGCACCGGGGGCUGCAACAACUUGCGGGGGGCUGCUCCGGCCGCCGCCAGCAUGGCCUCGGAGCUGGACGAAUACGUGCGGGCAGCUUUCCGGGACAAGCUGCUGCUGCUGCCGAAAAUGCCUGAAAGAGAGGAUGACUAUUUGACUUCUGCGGCUCGCCUUUUGGAGAAGAAGAGGGAAAUGGAAGAGGUGGAGCAGGCUCUGCUGGCCCAGAGAGAGGAGUUCCAGGUGAAGAUGGAGAGCUUGCAGCAGCGCCGAGAGGAGCUGGAGCAUAAGGAGGAGCAACUCAAGGAGGCUUUCUUCAAAUUUGACAAGUUCCUGAAGGAGAAUGAUGCCAAGCGGCACAGGGCACUGCGCAAGGCGAGCGGGGAGCGGCUGCAGGCAGCACGGAGCAACGUGGAGGCCAUACAUCUGCGCCAGGAGAUUGCCCGGCUGCUCAGGGAGAGGGACAAGCUGCAGCGGCGUCUGGAAGCUAAUGACAUCUUCCGGAGCUACCUGCAGACGGUGAUAGAGAAAACAGAGCAGUUCCAGGAGAUCAAGGAAAUGAUUGACCGGGUUAGGACACUGGUGGCCACACAGGCAGUGCUGGUGCAGCGGGAACUGGGGAGUCGAGAGCAAGUGGAGGAGGAACAUGCCCAGCUCCAGCGGUACCUGGAGGAGAGCAACAACAAGGUCCUGCAGUGCAACAACCGGCUGGCUGAACUACAGACCCAGCUGGAGCAGGCCCGGGUCCGGGUGCACCAGUGGGAGUCCAAGUGGACUGAGAUCCAGACCACGGCUGCCAAGAAGACCCUUGAGCUGGGACAGAUCAAGAUGGCCGCGCUCAACCUCUUCCAGAUGGUGACGAAGCAGAUGAAGCUGCAGGUGGACAUACCCCUGGAGGACACAGAAGCUCAGCUUGACAAGGUCCUACUCUGCAUGACUGACCUGUCUGACAUCCUUGCUGACGUCCGCAAGGGGGGGCCCCUGCUCACCCCUCAGACUUUGCCCCCUGCUACAAGCUAAGCCACAUGGCAGUCUUCCAGAAUGGCCAUCUCUGUGGUGAGUUUGGCGUUGGGUCUAUCCCAGGCCAACCCUGAUUUCCACUGCUCCCCCUGCUGCAUCCCUGCUUGCUGUAGUGAACACACCUUGCCGUGUCAUGCUAUGAAAGCAGCCCUGCUAUGCUGCCUGGUUAAGGCUCAGGAUGCUGCUGGCUUUGCAGCCUCCAAAUCACCCCAGAUCCUGCCCCAGAGGCAUUCAGCUUUCCUCAGCUGGGUUAAGGACUGCACCUGCUAAUGAAAAGGCAGGAGCUUCCCCCAAUAUCCUGCUGCAGACAAAGCCUGCAUUAUAAGAACUGUAGUCAACCACAACACUGAGCCAGUGGGACAACCACUAGUUUAGCCACCAUCAUGGGACCAACCUGGAGCCUUCCAGGGCAUAACACACCUACCAGGUGAAUCUACCUGUCCUAUUAAUGCUAUAAAGGCUUACUGCAAGAGUAAAAUAUUGUGCAGUAAGCCUUCCCUGGGAGCACAUCUACACAUGCUCCCUGCUGGGAGGAAAUCUGCUCCCAAUAGGACCAGCCCAGCACAGGGCUGCUCCUACCCUGCUCUGGCCCCCUGCAGCAGCCAGGGGGAGCUUCUGGUUCCCCUGGGAUGCUAGCCUGGGCUUUGGUAGGGAGCACCGGGUCACUGUCCUGAUAUGAACAGAGGACCAGGAGAGCUCUGCAUGAGGACAAGCCCCAUGCCCAGAGAAGCUUCACUACAUGGCUGGGGGCUGGCAAGUAGCUGUCUGGGCUUCUGGGACAGCUCCCAGGGCAGUGUGGGGAAAUCCCCACCCAGCCUGGAGCUGGCUGGGAACUGCCCCAAAAGCAGGACAGCUCCCAGCCUGCACCGUGCUCCCCUCCUCCCACACAUGGGUAAAUCACCAGCCAGCCUGAGGCCAGCUGCCUGGGAAAGCAGAGCUCCCCAGCCCCGGUGUUGUUCAGUUCCCGCAGGGAUCCAAGAGCUGUGCAGCGCCAGAACAGAGUUCCUUGUCCCCUGUGGUCCCCUAGUGUUGAGACUGACUGAGAGCAAAUUUGUAACUGUGCAGUUAGUUUACUACCUGUAUUUACAGGUACUAACUGUACAGUAAACUAAUUCACUGCACAGCAAAUGGUGCAUGUGUAGAUGGUGACGCUUUACUGCGUAAUUAGUCUACUGCAUCAAAUCCUGGGGAUCAAAUGGGAGGACUGCCGGACCAGUGCAAGCAUCCUCCAUUAAGCUGCAUCCACCAGUAUCGAAGCCUUACUCUUGAGAAAUCAACUCCAAUGGAUGGGCCACUGUGGCUGGAUGUCCGAGAACCGCCUCCCUUGCCAGAUUCUCUUUUCCCAGCUCUCUGUUGGCCAACACUUAAAGGGCGGCCAAAGGAAAUGGUACAAAGACACACACAAGGUCACCCUCAAGCACAGAGGCAUUGACACCAAUGGUUGGGAGGAGCAAGCUGCUGACCGUUCAGUGUGGUGCCACCUGGUCCACCAAGGCACCCACCACUUUGAGACCUAAUGACUUGAUUCUGAGGUGGAAUGGCAGCGGCAGAAGGAGACCAACUCGGGGCUGUGGAUCCCAUUCUCCUGUACAACAACAUGCCUCCAUGGCCAAAGAAUGUGCGCAUCCAGAAUUGGGCUCCUUAAUAACCUGAGGACGUCAUCCUCGACUCCGAGGGACUGCUGCUGUUGCCAACUUGCUGCGCAGUAAAGCAUCUCAUGUAGACGCAGCCACCUUGAGCUAAAGGGCCCAGAUUCCAUAGCCGGGGUUGUAACACUCCUGUCCCCUACAGCACGAGACCUAGAACACACACUGCCCAGUGUGUUAACCCUGUUAUACCACAGGUGAUUAUUGUCUGUGGACUAUCAUUUGUGGUCAUGCACCUGGCUCCACAGCCAGAAUCCCAUCAAUGGUCAGGCACAUAUGCUGCAGUCACAGGGAUUCUUUCUGCUUUUAACAGAGGGGGCCAGUUCAGUGGCAAAGGACUUGACUGCAAGUCAAGGCCCACAUCUGAAAUGUGGUUGACUCCUUUCACGAUUGUUGUGGUGGGGCAUGACCCAUGAGAACCCUUGGAAUAGCCGUUGUUUCUGUAGCAUUUGAAGGCCCUAACCAGGCCUGCCUGCUCAGUGGGGCAGGAAGCAGAGAGCCCUUCAAAGCUUCUUCUGGGCAUCAUCAUCAAUUUGCCAUCUCUGUUGUAGGUUCCCCGGCAGCCCUGUGGCUGGGUCAAAGCCUCACGUGAUGGCAAGAGGUUCCAGGUCCCUGGAAUUGCCACUCCCUCUCCCUGGACCAAACCUUGGCAGGGACCAUAAUCUCCCUAGCACCAUGAUGCCCCUUUGGCUAGACUAGAAGCCCAAACUGAUAGCCCAUCUCCAUGCUGGACUGCCAGGGCCAGGACCCCAGCUAUCUGCAAGAUGCUCAGGUGAAUCCUGAUACACACAGGCCAGGGCUCACUGUACACCUCAGACCCUGUCCUCCAGUACCUCUGCCUACUGCUGUCCUGUUAACCUCUUGCAACUUGGAGUCUUCCAAGCUUCAGUACAUCUGAUGUACAAAGCAGCUGUAGCCAUGAAGGAAAGAUGAAUUAGAGAUACAACAGUCUCACUUUAUAGGAAUGAUCCCUUUUCUGCAUUGAUACCACAUCCUCAUGUUAACAAGACUGUACCAGAAAGCAAAGCCAAUUUUUGCUGGUGCUGUGCUGGUAGCAGAGAAAGAAGCACUGGCUCAUUGAGGUAGGGGGAAAAUGUCUGUUAUGCCUGGGUUCAAAUUCAACAGGGAAAGGUUUAAAGACUAUACAAAAAAAGAAAGGCUCUGAUCAGCUGCAGACCUGUCUGACUGUACUGGGAGAAAGGAGAUGUCAGGCCCCAGGGAGCAACCUUAAGCAGGUGAAGUUCCUUCAGUGUAUGGAGGUGACUCAGAAAGCCAGAAGGCCACCUUUCUCCUGCAAGCUUGAUUUGUAGGUGAGGCUGGAUUUUUCUUAAAAGAUCUCAAACUAUCAUUUAAGAUGGGAAUCUCAGUUUGCACUGGCUGUAGAUUUCUCCUUUAUUUGGGAGAGCUGCUCAUCUGGACAGCUCCCCAUGGACUGUGCAUAGCAUAGAGCAGCUUUCUAGGUUUCUCACCCUAUGGGUCACAACACAAAAGUGGGUCACAAGAAUAUAUGAAAGGGAUGUGAAUAAACUUUAAAAAUAGAUUCUCCUUUAAAGGAGAAAAACAUGGGAGAUCAUGGUUUUUCCCUUGCAGGUUGGCAAACUCCCAGCCUGCAAGGGGCUGCUUUGGGCCUCCCCUCUAUGCCCCGCUCUCCCACACACUGUGGGGCUUGGGGUGGGGGCAGCAGGUCAGAAGUAAGGGUCACUGGGUCAGGACUAGCCCUUGAUGUUUACAAGUGGGCCCUGGUACAAAAAAGGUUGAGAACCACUGGCAUAGAAGAUAUCUCUUUAGAACAGAGGAAGCAGCACCUGUUACUUUCUACUGCUUCUCUGCAGAGUGUCUAUGCUGGAUUCCUAGCUCUUUCACUCACUGCAUGCCUGGGGCUUUUCAUUAAAAGGUGGCCUUUUUACAAGGCAUGUUUUCAGUCACAUGCUGAUCUUAAUUUAGCUCUCUUUAAUGGAAACUUCAACACUUGAGGGACAGAAUUAUAGUGGGGAGGGGGUGGUGUGUGAGAGCCAAGAGGAAGGCUGGAUUACAGUUAAACUUCCUAUGGGUAUUGAGAAGGGUCAGUGAAACUUUAAGGGUAGGGAAUGCCCUUACAUUUAACAAGGAAGCCAGACAGGAGGCUUUGCUUCCAUGCAGAAUGCAAAGUGAAACUUUUGUGGAGCCUUUCGUGCCAGUCUGGGUUUUCCAAGAAACUAAGAGAUUUGUGCUAUUUCUCAACUGCUGCUUUUUUUAUUCCCAACCCGACUGAACCAGAAAGGGAGGGAAUUAUGAGAGAAAUUCCCUUCCUCCAUUUGACUUUGGAACUAAAAAACCUCUGACUGGAAUACAGCCAGAGCUUCUGAAGUGAUUUCCAAUUAAAUGACAAGUUUCUAGUCACCCCAUGGAAAGAAAUAUAACUUCUCUCCCUUCUGUUACCUUUGCUCCCCCCCAAAAUUGGGGCUUUUAAGGUCAGCAAGUGAGCAUGGCACCAGAAUUGCAGAAGGGCAAUAGAGAGUUUGGUUUGAAGUUUAACAAGGCUCCAGAUAGGGCUUAGUGCUUCCUAUGGAGGGGAAGGCUGAUACGUUGUCCAUUAACUCAAUUAGCUCAAUAUGAGAUGAAGCUGAGGGUAUCUGGGCAAGGUCUGAUUUUGGUAACAGGAAUGUCGGGGCCUGGGCCCUGUCCAUUUCCAAAUCUCUGAAGCAUAGCUGGGCCCUAGCUUACACAACUAGGAAGCAGGGCACUGUGCUGCAAGUAAGCUCUCUCAGAGCUAGGGCCAGUAAAAAAAAAAAAAAGGGAGGGUUAGAGUUAUUCCUUACAUGCAUUUAGCAAGGUACUGCCUUGCCUUCCCCACUCAAACACGGGAUGCAAACACACUGCUGCCUCUGGCAGCACCAGGUGGUACCAGAGCUGCCUACUUGCUGGCAGUUGUCAUAUGCCAUUCCCAAGUGCCUUUUUACAGUCACCCCUGAGAUGCUGCCACAAUGAAAUAAGAGAUGCUGCAGGUUGGCAACCAAGGUUGCCUGGGCCUGCUGUGUCCAGCUCUCCCUUGGCUGGAGGCUUUCAGGGGGCACUGAACAGAUUAAAGGGCAGCUGUUCUUUUCUCCAGGCCAGAAUACUGCCCAAGUCACUGCACCCAUAGUCACUGUCUGCUCUGAUAAGCUGCAUUCAAGAUGAACAGUCAAGAAAUUAAAAUGCAACCACUGUGUUGUUUAA